GAUCCCCCAAUUCCGGAUACUACUGAGGAAGAUUGUCCCCUUUACCAUGCUAGGGCCUCAAGCUGUUUGCAUCAUUCCUGCUACAGGUUUAAUUUCAAGUGCUACACUUAAACUGCCUGAUUCUUCUAGAGUGUUGGUUUGUUUUCAAAUUGUUGUGUUAUUUGGGAUUGUAUUUGCAUCGUAAGAGGAUCAUCAUCAUCUAAUGCAAGAAAAAGAGGUCGAGGGAAAACAAAGAAUAAAAUACUAACAUCUUUGGCUCCUGGUCAAAAAUUGCCAUUGGAAUUCAAUAAUUAUGGUCAAGCCAUUGGAUCAAAUGCUAAUGUGUUUGCAAGUCAUAUUGGCAAGAUUGUUAAAGUAUGUGAAGAUGCACCAAUUUCUUGCAAGUGUUGGGAAGAUGUUCCACAAGACAAUAAGAAUAAAAUGUAUUCUUAUGUACUGGAGAAAUUUGAAUUUGAUGAAAACGAAGUAAGAAAAAAUUGGAUCUUUGGACAGAUGGGAAGGGCUUUUACAAACCAUAGAUAUAAGUUGAAGGUUGACUAUUAUGAUGCAUAUGACAAUGAUGAUGAUCGAAUUAAGUUUUCUCCAACAUCAAUCGACCAAGGACAAUGGAGACAAUGUGUCAGUUGGUUGAGCUCACAUGAGUUUCAAGUUUCUUGUGCUCGUAAUAAGUCUAAUUGGUCAAAGCAAACAAUGACUAAAACUACAAGCACUAGAAGUUUUGCUCCAGUUAGAGCUGAACAGGCUAAAAUAUUAGGACAUGAACCGUCUGCAUGGGAAAUGUUCAAGGUGACACACAAGAAAAAAGAUGGGUCAAUGGUUGAUUCCACAUCAAAAGAAUAG